CUCAUGGUUGCAGAGAUGGCCAAAGGGGACCCGGGCGACGCGCUGCGCCUUUCGGGGCAGACCCUUUUGAGCCCCGGCGCUGGAGGCUGGGCGGGGCGGGGGCUUGAGAAGGCGGGAGAGGUCGAGCCGGGAGGAGAGGGGUAUGGGAAGGGCCGGGGGAAGGGCGAUCUCCGCUCGCGUAACGCUCCCCGAGCCUGCCGCAGAGGCGGCGGGGCUGAGCCGCGGAGGGGAUGGAGCUGCCACCAGCCUGGGCUCUCUUCCCCACAGCCACGGCAUCGCCUCCCCUCGCCCGGCCGCGCCACUCCUUAGGCCGCGCAGGGUGAUCGCCGGCGCGGGUGAGCAACAUCUCACCCUGGACUGGAGAGGCGGGCGCGCCAGGGCCACCGCACGGGGACUCCUCGCGUCCCGGGCGACCUGCGCUUCUCCCGAGCGUUGGGAGACCCCGGUCUGAACGAAGCUACGUGUGCCCCUCCUCGUCCCCCGGGGCGGGGAAUCGGUGCGAGGCUCGGCUGCUGGGCCCGGGGCGCCCGGGUAGCCAAUGGCGGGCAGUGAUGUGGCGAGUGAGGGGCCAUCGCCGAGGGAUAGCACGACUCGGAGACCCGGGGCCACCAGAGGGCUCCGUAGCCAGGCGGCCUCCAGCUGCCCUGAGCCGCUGUCCGCUGCUGAAGCUCCGGCCGAGCGCGGCACUCUGCCCGCCUGGAUGCGCCUCUACUUCUACGGGAUGCACGGCAUCACCCUGGACGUGCUGGUGUCCUCUGCCAGGCGCUUCGCCCGCAGCCUGGAUCCGCGGAUGCUGGGCUUCUCUUCGCCCUACCGCUGCCUCCUGCACUCCCUCACCCACUUUGCCCUGGAGCAGCUCUACCUGCAGCGGCCGCGCUGCCCCAGCGCCUUCCUCUUCAAUUUCCUGCUCUACCCCUCUGCGCACGUCGGGCUGCAGACCCUGGCGGGCCAGGCGCUCCGGCUCAGCCUAGGCGGCGGGCCGGGGGGCGCGGCGGCGGCGCCGGGGGCGCUCGACCUGGCGCUGCAGUACGUGCUCGCGCUCUACCACGGCCAAGUGUUCCUGAAGCGCUUCCUGCGUUUGCGGUACCCGCGGCGGCGCGAGCAGCAAACCAGGGACCCGCUACCGGCAGCCCAGGACGCCCAGAUCCUUUGGGAGGCUGGUGGCCAGAGACGAGGACCCCGUGGCCCAAGGGGCACAGAACGAUCCACUACCCAGGGACUGCCCGACCUCCUCCGCUUCCUUUUCUUCGGAAUGCACGGCUUUCUGGAUGAGAUCUUCUUCACCUUCUUCUUCAAUGUGCUGGGGCAAGGGGAUGGGGCCAGCAGCGGCCACACAUCCCUCUGGUCUUUCUUCAUGUAUGGAAGUUGUAGUUUCGUGGUGGAAAAGCUCUACUUCCAUCUUCACCACAGCCGAGGCUGGGGCACCUGGAAGCGGGUGCCCAUCUAUGUGAUCUUCAUCUAUGCGUGGGAGUUUUCCUGGGGUCUGGGACUUCGUAUGUGCGGGGCCUGUUCCUGGGACUAUUCUCACUAUCCGCUUAAUUUCAUGGGCCUCAUCACCUUGAUGUAUUUACCUGGCUGGCUAUUUCUUAGUGUGUACCAGGACCUACUGUCCAACGUGUUGUGGCGGGUGCAGUAUGUCCCAACGAACUAAGAUGGGGGUGGGGGGGGAGAAAGAAAGGAAAGUAUUGGAAUCUGAAAAAUGAUGCAAUUUAUUUUUACACAUUUUAAACAAGGUGGUUUUGCUUUCCGUCUUUUAAUUUUUAUACACUUUACUAAACUCUUCCAACAUGUACUUGACAUUUUAGUUGCCUGGACUGCUUGGAAUCUACAUGUAAAGUUCAAUACUUUGAAAUGUUACUCAAAAAUAACUCAGAAUAUUUAACUCAUAAACAGUUUAAACUUUACGAGGCCAAACAGCAUAACCACUCGACCUUAACAUCAGGAACGGGUAGCAUUCAUUUGACCUCGAUGAGGGAUAGCUAUGAAUUUUUCUGUUCUUCUGUGGAGGUUUUCAGACUAGAGAACAGUGACUUCUACACGUUUCUGAUGUAAUGAUCUGUUUACUUUCUUUUCAAAGCAAUUUCAUUUUACCUUCUUACCACGUUUACCAAUGGGGUCUGAGACUCCGUGUCUUGUCUGUCCUUCAGAAACUCCAGUCCACAGCUAUUAAAGUGCCUCUGUCCAGCCUACAGGUGAGAGGAAGCUGGCAAGUGUGUGAAAACAUCCUGUGAACUCAUUUUGAUGUGAGGAAGUUCUUUCUGUCAACCCCAACAGGUGACACUGUUUUGAGAUAUUUGAUCACCAUCUUGGAAAUGAUUGCUUUCCAAUGUUGGCUAGCCUUAAACAUGAUGCGUGUUAACAUUGAUCAGACCAUGGUGUUCUUAAAACUUUUGUAACUGUGCAAUAACUUUACUGUUUACCCUAUAUGUCCCAGGGCUGAGUGAAGUUAGACCACCUUCAAUAGUGUUCUAACGAUAAGAACCCUUUUUCUACAGAGAGUUUCAAAUACAGAAACAGUACUUUGGAAUAAAAUUAAUCUGAAUUCUCCCUUUAACUAUAUCAGGCCUAAUUGGUUUCUCUACUUACUGGUGGGUAUUUCUCCCACAGUCCUGCCCCCCCUUUUUUUCUUCCCAGACCUAGAAUUUGGGGUCAGACAGAUGCAGUCAUGCACAGUAUAAAUCCAUGAUAGCUUUCUGACAGUUUAUGAUUAAUUAAUGUCUAAAAGCUUCAAAGUUAAAUGAGAUGAUGGAAGCCAUUCUAAGAAAUGAUAUGUAAUUGAUUAAUAAUGUACUCUGAGGGUGUUUGUCGUUUUAUUGUAUUCAGAAGAGCAAGUAGGACCAAGUGCAGCUCAGCCAAGGAUGACUAAUAACCUCUCAGAUUUCAGUACAAAGAUAAUUAGGAAAACUUAGAACGUUUCUUAAUGAGUUUAAAUCUUCCACUUGCCUGUGCUGUAAAAAGGGAUGUUUUUGUUUCAAAGGAAAAAAAAAAAGAUUGCUAUGAAAAUAGAAAAAAAAUGUGUACUUACAUGUGAUGUGAGGCACAGUUCUAAUAGUGCUGUAUCCAUCCACCCCCUGAGCUAAAUUAUAAGUAAUGUUAUAUAGUCAACUGUACCUGUGAGAUGGAUGGUGGCCAACUAAUUCUUUUUAACAACCAAAAGUUAAAAGGCUCUAUGUCUACCAAA